CACUUCCUGAGCCUAGCCGCUGGAGCCCUGGAGGCCAGGCCAGGCCCGGCGGCUCUGGCCCCCCAGGGCACAUCAGGCUGAGUCCUGUCCCAGCCCCUGGGCUCCGGAGGCUGCUGCCACCGCUGCCCAGGAGGUCCAGGCCUCCCACCUUACUCCCAGGCCCUCCACCCGUCUGGUCGACUGGCCGCCAUGCGCCGGCGGCCAUGGGCCGCCUCCCCCUGUGGCCUGGCCUGGGGGCCACUCAUACUAGGCCUCUUCGGUCUCCUGGCAGCAUCCCAGCCCCGACUGGUGCCCCCCUACCACACGGAGAACCAAACCUGCCGGGACCAGGAAAAGGAGUACUACGAACCCAAGCAGCAUGCCUGCUGCUCCCGCUGCCCCCCAGGCACUCAUGUCUCAGCGGACUGUGGCCCCAGCCAGGACACAGUUUGUGCCAUGUGCCCUGAAAAUUCCUACAACGAGCACUGGAACCAUCUCCACUUCUGCCAGCUGUGCCGCCCCUGUGAUCAGGUACUGGGCUUUGAGGAGACUGCACCUUGCACCAGCAAACAGAAAACCCAGUGCCAUUGCCAGCCAGGAAUGUUCUGCGUCCUUUGGGACAGGGAGUGUAUACACUGUGAGCCACUCUCUGACUGCCCGCCAGGCACCGAGGCUGAGCACAAAGGUGAAGGCGAGCAGGCUGGUAACACCUGUGUGCCCUGUAAGGAAGGGCACUUCCAGAAUACCUCCUCCCCCAGCGCCCGCUGCCAGCCCCACACCAGGUGUGAGGACCAGGGCCUGAUAGAGGCAGGACCAGGCACCGCCCAGUCUGACACCAUCUGCAGAAACCCAUCAGAGACCCCGGAGAUACCAGGAACUAUGCUGGUGCUGGCCAUCAUGCUGCCGCUGGUCUCCUUGCUGCUCCUCACCACCAUCCUCGCCUGCACCUGGAAGAGCCACCCCUCUCUCUGCAGAAAGCUGAGAUUCCUGCUCAAGAGGCGUCCAGAGGGAGAGGAAUCCAAUAUUACUGAUGGAAACUGGGAGCCGCCCGGCGUCAACCCACAUUUUCCCGACCUUGUAAAGCCACUUCUGCCCAUCCCUGGAGACUUGCCCCCAGCCCCGGCCUGGCCCCCGACAUCCCCAGGUUUGGAGGUAGAUGCUCUCCAACAGCAGAGCCCCCUGAGCCAGGCCAGGGAGCUGGAGGCUGAGCCCCCAGAGCAAGGCCAGAUGGCCCACGGUACCAAUGGCAUUCAUGUCACUGGCGGGUCUGUGACUGUCACCGGCAACAUCUACAUCUACAAUGGACCAGUACUGGGUGGAGCACGGGGCCCCGGAGACCCCCCUGCUCCCCCAGAGCCUCCCUACCCCAUCCCUGAGGAGGGUGCCCCUGGUCCUCCCGGGCUCUCUACACCCUACCAGGAAGAUGGCAAAGCUUGGCACCUGGCCGAGACAGAGACACUGGGGUGCCAUGCCCUCUAACAGGGCCAAGGACCCAAUUUGUCACCCAUGCUUCAUGGUGUCUGAAAGAAGCCAAGAGGAGGGAGGCAUAAGAGCACCUUCUCACGGUGGCUGCCCUACCCGCACAGGUUUGACGGAGGGUCUGGGUAGAGCCCCAUGAGAGGCAAACCCCAAGGGGCUGGGCCUCAGACACGUCUUCGAGAGCAGGGCCAGGCACUGGCUGGGUACAGUGCCCAUCACUGGACUCUCACCGCCGCCUGAGCAGGCCUGAGACUUCUUUGCAGACCCCGUUGCCCACUGGGGCUGUACCAGCUCAGCUUCAGGCACAGGCAGAGCGUAUGAUGCCUGCUGCUGCCCACCAUGGCACUCUGCACCCAAAGCAUGGCACAGAAGGGAGCCAGCUGCACGGUCACUUGCAAGGACAUCACUGGGACCUCUAACAGAUUCAUGGCGCUCAUCCUCAAGCUUCGGAGGCACUUCAAGGACCCACAUUUCAUAUGGACUGAGGUAGACCCGGGAUGAAGAUGGAGUUGCAUGGAGGACCACCAUUCCCCUCCUAGAGAAGAAAGGGAGUCAUUAAAAACUGGGGUUUGGGGUAGGGUUUCUAGGUGAAGGAAGAGUUUCAGAGGGGGAGGAAAAUGGCAAGUGUAUUUAUAAAUUGUAACCACAUGCAAAUAAAGUGGAGACUGAGACCUAGAUAAUUUAUUUUCUGGGGAUUCACAUAGAAAUACUCUUCCACUGGGCAAUGUCAAAGGCAAAGGUCCAAACAUUAAAAUGUAAUCCCACAAAAGUAUUUCAAUAUGUGAUUCAGUUAAUAAUAGGAUUAGCCAGUGAUCACUGAAAACAAGCCAGGUAGCGUUUAAAUGCUUUACGAUAAUAAUGUAUGUCGACCUCACCACAUCCCCAUGAGCUAGACAUUACCAGUAUUCCCAUUUAACGACUAAGGAAGCCGAGGCAGAGAGAGGGCAAGGCAUGCCCCCAGUGCAACCGCAAAUGGCAAAGCUGGGGUUCGCACCUCGCUAGUCGGGCUCCAGAGGCUUCGGGGAAAAGCUCCACAUACCACACCCUUCCAGAAUUUCUUUGCACAAGUAAAAUGGGCUGGUUUUCUUAAAGAACCAGACUUCCUGCAUGUUCCACGGGCAUCGAGUCUCACAGCCACAAUGGAGAGUGAGUGGAAAAGUGGUCUGCAAGGAAUUUGAUUGAAGGGAAAAAUAUGACUUGAGACAUAGAAUGUGAGAGGCCAAAUCCCCAUCCUGUGGGAGCUGAGAUCUAGGCUGGCCUCCUUUCUCUCAGAAGGAGCACUCAUGGUUUUAACUUUGUUUACUUAUUGUUGUCUUAUUUUAUUUC